AUCUCACUCACGCAAAAAGGAGGCGCCCCACACAGGUCGGCAACCGGCCCAGAGGUGGACGGACUCUGUCCUUUUCCGGCUCUCUCUGUAUUCUCUGUGCGAAGAGUUUCGGUUGUUCUUGUUGGCCACAAAAAAUCUACAAUCCGAAACAGAAGACGCGCCCGGUGUGAAAGCGCUGCGCAAACAGCAAUAACAACCCCAAAACGAAGCGAACGGAACCGACGAGAAGGGGACGGCCGAGCGCCGAGAAUCAAUCGCCCCCAAAAAGGCAAAUCAUCAUCGCACCCUCCCUCUUGCGUGCUUGCGUGAUAGAGUGGGGAGCCGUGUGAUGUGCGUCCGUUCCUCCGCACUCGGUUGCCUUGCUUUUGGUGCCAACAUUCUGCCGUAACUGCCGUGCUGCAUCAUUCGCGGUUGUUCUGGCUCUGGUGCUGGUGCUUCACAUAAAUGUAGAGGUUUAGUAGACGCAGGUACCGGGAGCCACGUCGGAGUGUUACUAGCGAGAGUAGUGUACCUCCUUCUCCACCGCGAAGAGUGCGUGUCAUUGUACCGGCCGUGGUGGCCGCGGAAUCGUGAAAGCUCCCUCUCGAGCGCAUACAGCAGUGUGUUAGCCGCGGGUGUUGUUUGUUGAUAGCCGCUGCUGAUGAUGCACGUUGCUGGUCUCUGUUAGUGAAAGCGGCUCCGUUGUUUUCAGCUCCCAGAGUUUGUCUCAUCGAAGGGUAAACACACCCGCUACUACUACCGCCCCAUCGGGGGUUAGUGUUUCGUGCGGCAGCGCACAAGCAGAAGCAGAAGAAGAAGUCGAAGAGUCAGAGUGAAGUGCUGGUGCCCGUUGUGAAUGUCGUGAAAAGUGUGCGAUUCUCUGUGCAACAACCAGAGCGACUAUGUUGUGAGCAUAUUAAAAUGUCCUUUCUCGGUUCACGGUGUGGUGAUCGGGCAGUGCGAAAGAGCCACCGUUGAUGUGAAGUGAUCAUCGUGUCACCUCGGAAAUUGAUCUUAUCCCCAGCAGUAGCAGCAACAGCUGCAGCAGUGGUAUAGUUUGUGCCACGCUUCAAUAAACCCGGCCUGUUUUGGUGAAUUCGGCUAAACGUGCGUCGCUAAGCAACAAUUGGGAUCGAUUGUUGCUUUGUGCGUUCGUGUCAAAGUAGCCUUGAAGAGUAGGAUGAGGGUGCGUGGUGCGAUGAAGUCACCGGAAUACCAUCGUAGCAUCGUAACAACCAUGACGACGGCGACAACGACCAAGCGGCGGAACGUUUCGAGAAGAUACGGCCACCACUGGUCAACAGUGAUCCGUAGUUCCGUUAGUUUGCCGCUGCUACUACUAUUAUCCUGCGUCGCAGAAAGAGGCUUUGCUGAAGCCUCAACGAUCUACCGGCAUACGGCGACCGGUGACGAUAACGAUACGUCGUCGUCGAUGAUGAUGAUGAUGGAGCACGCGAAUCAGGAUCAACCGUCACAGCAGUUUCCGGUGAGCGCCGCCGCCGCCGCCGGUGGUGGUGGUGGUGGCUCCUCGAACGGUCCCGCCCUGGCACCAGCCUCCCUGCAGGCUGCCUCGCCCCAGACGAUGACGCUGACGGCGGAUAAAAAUAAAACCAAAUUAUUGAAAUGUCACUGCGACAUUUGCAAGGACGAGAACUACGUCUGCGAGACGGACGGCGUGUGCUUUACCUCGCUGACGCGCGAAGCCGACGGUUCGCUCAAGUACUCCUACAGCUGUAAGCCGAAAAAGUACGACCUGGCCGAUCGGCUACCCCUGAGUUGUCUAACCUCCAAGGAGAAGAGUACCUCCUUCAACAUCGAGUGUUGCUCCACUGAUUUCUGCAACCAUAACAAACUCUUGACACUGCCCAAACCAGCACCCGCAGAGGAUAAGGGAAAUGUGAUGAGCAUGCUGAUGUUCGUGGUACCACUGUGUGUGCUAGCCGCGGUGAUCGUCUUCGUCGCUACCUUUUUCAUCGGACGCCGUAAGCGUAACAGUGGUGCACGACAGAUCCUGCCCGAGGAUAGUGUGUGUGGCGCAAGCUAUCCGAUCCUGAACGGCCACACCACACUCCAGAAUCUAAUGGAAAUGACUACAUCCGGUUCAGGAUCAGCUGGACUGCCCCUGUUGGUGCAACGUUCCGUCGCUCGCCAGAUCCAGCUGGUAGAAGUGGUCGGAAAAGGACGUUUCGGUGAGGUAUGGCGUGGCCGGUGGCGUGGAGAGAACGUUGCGGUAAAAAUAUUCUCCAGUCGUGAGGAGUGCUCGUGGUUGAGAGAAGCCGAAAUCUACCAAACCAUUAUGCUGCGCCACGAGAACAUUCUCGGAUUUAUUGCUGCCGACAAUAAGGAUAACGGUACAUGGACACAGUUAUGGUUGGUGACGGAUUUCCACGAGAACGGUUCGCUGUUCGACUUUCUGACCUCACGGUGCGUCAGUCCCGAUACCGUGCUCGAGAUGGCGUACUCGAUAGCGACGGGUUUGGCGCAUCUGCACAUGGACAUUGUGGGAACGCGCGGUAAACCGGCCAUCGCUCAUCGGGACCUGAAAUCGAAGAACAUUCUGGUCAAAUCGAACCUUACCUGCUGCAUAGGCGAUCUGGGGCUGGCUGUACGGCACAUCGUCAACACGGACAAGGUCGACAUCCCGUCAACGCACCGUGUCGGCACGAAGCGCUACAUGGCACCGGAGGUGCUGGACGAGACGAUCAACACCGAUCAGUUCGACUCGUUCAAGCGAGCGGACGUGUACGCGCUGGGCCUUGUCCUGUGGGAAAUUGCCCGGCGGUGUAACUUCGAUGGCACGUACGAGGAGUAUCAGCUGCCUUUCUAUGAUGUCGUGCAGCCUGAUCCCACAAUUGAGGAGAUGCGAAAGGUUGUCUGUUUGGACCAGCAGCGACCCUGCAUACCGAGCCGCUGGGUGAGCUGCGAACUCUUGCACGCCAUCUCCAAGGUGAUGAAGGAAUGCUGGUACCAAAAUCCAGCCGCUCGUCUGUCGGCACUCAGGAUUAAGAAAACGCUGGCAAACCUUCGCUGAGCAACAGAUAACCAACAACUAAACUAUUAGGCAUCGCUCGAUGUCCCGGGAUCGCGGAGAGUUGUGCAAGCCGCUAGUUGCUCCAAACACUUGAUAACACUACCUACAGCUGCGAUACAGGAUGUGCGCAAGAAGGACGGACCGGACUGCCGGACCCCGGGGGGUCGCAUCCUUUCGGUGACAGAGUGAAAACACAGCUAAGCAACUAAACUCACUUUUUAAUCGUAAGAUCUAUCUUUAGUGUGUACGCCAGCUGAUAAGAGUGGUGUAAGAAGGACUAAUGGUGUACAUGUUUACUGUAGCACGUAAGAUGUAGUAACGGAAUGAGUGAGUAUUGGUAGCGAAAAAGUGUGUAAAGUGCGAAUGACUGACUGCAUGAUGCCUGGAAGAGAAAUUAGUUUAGAACGAGUCGCGCUUUGCCAUUAUAUGGCAAAUCGAGAACGAUGGAUGCCGAGCCUAGCUAGCACGGUAGAGUAUCGUGUGAACGCAACCGAAGUUACACCACCGUGUAUAUGAGGCGAGUAAUUUUGAUCUUUUCCCUUCCUCCCAAUUACCAUUGCCAUGAAGCAAGCCACCGGUGGAUGACAUUGUGUUUGUUAGUUGUAUUUUUAGUUAAACAUUCAAUGGAUCCCAUUUUUAAACAAAAAACAACCCACAAACAGCUAGCAGCCCCUGGUGAAAUAUUGCCAUUUAACGAAUGGACACUCUUAAAUGGCAAAAAACGCAAAAAACCGCAAACAAACAAAGACUAGAAACAUAUCCUCUCCGAUUUUUUACAAACCGCCAACCUCAGCCAAAACAAGAAAAAGGAAAAACCAAUCGCCCUCCCGCAGAGUAGGAAAAAUCGAAACAAGGAAACAAACACAAGGUAAAUCAACCGUGAAAAGUGUAACGAAAAUAAACUCUAGCCAGCGAAACAUUGUAACAACGGCAUAACACAUGGAUUCGUACAACUCUAUAGUAUUACCGGACCAUAGAAACGAACAGAAUAACACUUACAGUGAAGCAAAAGUGUAAGGCAGCAGUUCUUUCGCAGCUUCAAUAACACGAAACAGAUUUUUGUACAUUUUGUUUGAUUUAGGUAGAUAGCAGCCGAGCGGCGGAAUCAGAACAAGUGAUUUUAAAUGCUGUUUAGUUCGAUCUUUACUCAGUGAGAACAUGCAACAGCUCUGGCGCAAGGUAGUCGCUGGCAUUGUCUAGAAAGAAGCGAUUUGCAAAUUUAUUUUUCAUUCAAUAGAACAUAUUCGAUCUGUGAAAAAAAUAUAAAUCGGACAUCGAGGGCAGAAAAUUCAUAAAUUCAGACGCCAAUACGUGCGACCAUGCGAUGGUGCGUACGACGACGAAAGGAUGAGAGCUUUCUAUGAAGAUGGUAUGAAGCUCAGGAAAUAUGUGUACCAAAAUGCAAAGACAGCAAACAAACAAAAGAGACGGAACCUUACCUGCAUCGAUUGCUUCCACAUAACAUAAAAGAAAAACAAAACGAAGGAGAAAACUCACUCAAAUGCGCCUAAUGCGCAAGUAAGCAAACAUACAAAAACAACUCAAUACAAAGUGAAACAAAAAAGACAUGUUGAAAUGCGAUUACUGCAGUUGAACAAAAUGUAGAGUUCUUUAGACGAAGGCGAGAAAGUAACAAUGAUGAUCUAAGUAUAGUUACAGCUCAUAGCACCCACAAGAAAAACAAAACCCCAAAACAAACGUACUAACGUAAAAAUACGUGUUACACCGAUAAAACCGAUAAAAAAAAGUUCAUAAUGCAACACGAAACUGCCGUAAAUGAAAUCCAAACAGAAGGCGCAGAACUAGCAGAUGAAUCCUUUAAAUCUAACAAAACUCAUAAACAUAAAUUACAUAUGAGAUUAGGGGCGAAGAAACUGACGCACAUCCGGUAGAAAAACUGCCGCCGAAAAGCCUAAGAAGUGGGCUUUGAUAUUCAUUUGUUUCGUUCUUACUUUUUGGUAUUUCUUUCAGUCCAAUCACAUCAGCCACCGCUCAAACACUUUUUUGUGUCCAGCCUGAUAGUAUUGAACACAACCAGUCAAUCUUUUUCUGCAGUUUUUUUGGAACGAAGUUUUUGCGAAUGUUUACCAUCUUGAACCUGAACAAUCAUACCGUUGGCCAAUAUUUCUUCCAAAUCAACACAACAAAAAUCAUGCUUACCAAUUCUCUCACUGACUGUGGCUCAAGGCUCCUGUCAUUAUGUGUUCUGUCAGUGCUUUGGGAUAUGUGUGAUUUCCAUGUUGAGUGUUGUUGUUUUUUAUUUAAAUUUAGUUUAAAAACUCAGAUUCGAGCGGUAAGAAUUAUGAUUCAUUCAUGACAGUGCUUUAUCGCCAGGGGCAAAUAUUAAAAAAAAAACCUUCGCCAGUUUCCUAUACUUAAGUCAGAAGGAGCAGUCUGAAAAGUUCAGGGAAAAUAAGAUGAUGUGAAUGGGUAAAAGAUGGAAGCACUAAGGUGGCAAGGUUCGUCUUCUGAUGAUCAACAACAACAGUAAAUUUUUUUUUUUUCAUUCUUCUGAUCCUACUAAUCUUCUCGAUUGAUCACUUGUUACGAUCAAUUACACAACUAGCAAUACUUUCACUCACAUGAUUCCAUUAGGAUUGAGGGUACAGUAUACAUAUAGAUACAUUUGUAUCCAAUCAUCUUUCAUGAUUCUAUCUUAGAACGAUUUUUCUGUAUCUUUAUGGCGAGCUCAAUAGUGUUACUUCAUUAUUUUUUUAAAUUUUCUAUUAACAUUCACACACUUCCGCACAAAUGAAACGUGAAAUAAGCCAAAUGUGUUUAGAACCAGAAGCUAGUCCGUAUUACAAUCAAAAGGGAGUCCCGAUCCGAAAUGAAUGCACUUUUUCACAGCCAGAAAGACAGCAAUUGGUACAUUUUGAAUCUACCUCUAGACGUAUGAUCCUUCUGAUCCUGAGACGUACACCAGAAAAGCUAAAUGAUUUAGAAUGUUCCCCCCUACUCCGCCCUCUUUCCUCCGUUUAUUGAUUAUUUCUAUUGCUGCUCAAUCAACGCGAAACAAAUACUGCCAUGGAAGCGAAGACAAUGUUUUUUUUUAUUUUUGUUGGAAACAUUUUUGUGAUUUUCUUUGUAAAUUAUGAAUCGUCUGUCUUAGUUCGAGAAAAUUUGAAAAAUCUAUUCCUAGAUUACUCUAAACAUUUAACUAUGCACCGGACUAGAAUAAGGAAUCAAUCAAGUCCUUAUUCAUUUGAUUUUUUUUACUUUUAUUCUCGUGGAGCCUUACACCGAUCGGUACAAAUCUAUAGUUCAAAUAGAUGUGUGAUGCACACGCGUGGUUGUGUGUGUACUUACAUGUGAAUGUACGUGUGCAUGAUGACGAUAUUACAUUGUGAGACUUAACGGAGAUAAGUAAAUUGAAGUAAAGUUGUAAAAGUGGCCAAGUAGAGAAUGCGAAAGCAAUUGUACCCGCGAGAAGGUUGUUAUACUGUUGCCAAUUGCUGUCAUCUGACGAUGAAAAAGGUCUAGGGACGUAAGGAUGGCUUCUGAUGUAUUCUGAACAUGACUCUACAAACAACCAACUAAAUCCCGUUCCCUUGCCACACGAUAGCACAGUUAGCUAUAACAAACAUGCAAGCAUACCAUUGAUUCCUUUAUCAAACCGAAACAUGCAAUAGUAUUAGGCGUGAAUACGCCACCGUACCAAUAGAACCAAUCUAUCAACCAUCCAACCAACCAUACCACACGGGACUCUGUCUCCCAAAACCAAUAGUAAGAAUUUGUAGAACUCUUUCAGCAAGAUUUUCUGCAAUUCCAGCAAUCGAUAGGUAAUGAAAGUGUGAUAAAACAUUCUGUUUUUUUUAUAAUUUCGUCGUUAUGUGCAUUCUUUAUUUAAUAUUAUUCUAUCCAGCUUGUGUUAACGAUAACGCGCCAUAAAGCAUAACAGAGUACAUGUUCUUAUCCCUUCUGCUUCAACAUUACGCUAUGAGCUCAUAUUACCUAGUAAGAUCUUCUGUAGAAACGAUUUAAAUCGUAUGAAAGUAUAGCUACCAUGGCUAUUCAAUUUCUUUACCGUUUUGUUUUUUUUUCAAUGUUAAUAUCAAUUGAUCUUGUAAUAUUUACAAGUGGCAACCCUUUUUCUGUUUUAAGUUCGUUAAGCUAACCAAGUGCUUGAGUUCAGUCAGUCAGCAAUUAAACGACUAAUGGAUAGCAAACAGGAGAAAGUAAGAAACAGAUUCCGAAGUACGAAUGGUAUAGUAUGGGCACGAGGUUUACGAAUGAGAUUAUUGAGCACAGAGUGUGAUUCAAAAACGGUUCCAAGGUGAAUGUUUUUGAAACUGAAUGAAUGCGGUACAGACAGUUCACUAACGCGGUAAGGGCGAUCUAAAUGUUCCAAUGAUAUUUUUUUGCAAAAAAGAACGUAUAUGAGAGCGUGUGUUUGUGAAUGUAGGAAUUGAGCAUAUGAAUGUGUCUCCCCAUAAGAGAGCGUUGCAAAUAUGAGCCAGAGUUUAACUUACUACUAAAAAAAUCCAAAAACCAAACUGCAUAAAAAGAAGAAUUCUACCUUUUCCCUCCGUUCCCCGUUUCCUCCCCAGAGCAUCUAAACCGCAAAAAGGACAACAAAACCAACAAACAAACAAACGAGAAUGGAGUAAACACAACAAAAAUAAUCCUUAAUAAAGCAAAUGGCACAAAAGGUUAGAAUAGAGGGCAGCAGAGGUGGAAAGCCCUGGAACAAAACAAAAAACUAUUGAGAUGGUGAGGUGGAACAAAUGAAAAGGAAAAGUGGGGAAUUAUGAUACAAAAUAUCCUGAUUAUUUGUUAACAAAUAAGACCCAUUUUCAUACAAACGAAAAGGAUUAAAUAUUGAAAACGGAUAAAUGGUAACGCUACAAGAGGAUUGAGGAAGAUGGAGAAGAUUCGACAGGAAUCGUUUGGCGCCAUUACGUGUUUGAAAACUUGAAAUUGUAUGUCCGACGGUCCCGUACGCCCCGUACCUCACCUCUAACCAUGCUUGUACCAUAUUUGCUCAAUUCUAUUUUCAACAUAAAACAAGCAAAUCUUGUACAUUACACACUCACACCUCUGCACACAACCCAACCAAAACCAUCUUUCGAAUAAUAUUAUUUGGAUCGGUUCAGCAGCGCUCUUCCGUUGAUUUUUUUUCCUCCGUAUAAUAGUGCACCAGAUACCAGUUCCAAAUGAUGCUGGAUGAUAAACACAAAACAGUUAUACCUCGAGUAGAUUAUUCUUGUACGUGUUGGUCUAGAUUUGUCCUUGAAAUAUUCUUAAACCGUGUGCCAUCAUAAUGAUUGAGACAGAGCAACAGUGAGCGACAGGGAGUAUUCGUACACCAAUGAUGCAUUUGAUUUGUAGCCCCUGCUCACUACUUUAUGUUUUACGUUAGAUCUUUACCUUAAAGAGGGUACACCAAACUAAGCGUUGACUGCUUGUAAAUUCCUAACCAUACCUAACCUCGGGAUCGCGUAACCCCUAAUGAUUGUGCUGCGAGAGGGCAUAAUUGUAGUAGACGAUCGAUUGCGGUCCCUUAUUGAUUUACUAUCAUGUAGUGUUUUUAAUAUGUAAGCCCUAGAGUGUAGAUGAUGCUAUAUUCCUAUUCGCUCCUUGAUAAGUUGUCACACAAUAUGACUCACUGAAACUCGGCACGAUCCACGUUUGGGGGUAUCCUUGCGAUUGUAUUUAUUUAUAGUAGAGUACACGCGUGUCCACGGAAUAGUAAUGUAGGAGUGCGUUUCGAGAGAACACAACAUAUUAUUAUUUAUCUCUUGAUCGUUGGAGGAGCGAGCGUAUGGUGGAAUGGGUUGAUUUUUAAUUUUCUACCUCAUUUGUUUAAUAUUAAGUUUCGAUUGCCACCGCGCGCCCCCGUGAUGUGCAGAAUCAGAAAGGUGAAAAUGAGUACAGUAGUUUUCCUUUGGCCUCUGUCAUGCGUCAUAUUGAUUUUAGUGUUAUAUUAUAUAAUAAGCAGUAAGUUACAGAGUUAGUUUAUAACUGCAUCAAACUGCAUGGGAAAAACGUUGUUGCUGUAACAGCUGAACAUCUCGUCCUGACUAUGGUGCAUUUAAUUUCCUAAAUUUUCCCCCGUUUUGUAUAGGCUUGCUGUAAUUGCGAUAUUUUAUUUUAACCACAUUUUCUGAUCAAACAAAUCAUGUAGACUUACCGACUUAUAAGCCAAAGGCUACAAAAGUAACGAGCUAUAAUGGGGUAGAAUCAUUUGAUGUAAUGCUUUGAGAAUGAUUUUGUGUGAAACAUGCAUCUCCAUGCAGUUAAAUCUGGAGUUUGACUGAUCGGAUCAAGCAAAGUACGUAGUACCAUCAGGCUGAUUGAAAAAAAAAACGUUUUGAAAAGUUUGUAAAACGACUGGAAUGCGGGUGAAAGAAAUUAAAUUAAUCAAUAUGGUGGGGCACACUUUUUCAGUGAUUUUAUUUUAAAGCAAAAGAUGUAAAUUCAAAACCUCUUAAACAAUACUAUUCUUGUAACCCUGAUAUCCUAUAUUUCAAUUUACCUUGAACUUUUUAUAUUAUUCUGCAGUAAAAAGAACCUUCUAUUUUUUUUUUGUAUAAUUCCUGGAUCUGACUUAUCCAAAAUUAAUUAACUUCUACUAUCAUUUUCCAUGCUCUUGAUAUUAAUUGCCUUCCUACCAUAAUUUGGUAUAUGCAGAAACUUGGAGAAAGGAAAAUAAGAUGCACUACAAAGAUAAAGCUCUAAGGCUUCGCGGGGAUUUGCACGCCAGGUGCACUAUCACUAGAGAUAUCAUUUGAAUUAACUCUCCCCUUCAGUGUGGUUACUCUAAUUAUAACGUAAUUAAUGCAUACAGCAAAAACCCACUUCUCAUAUUAUAUUAUCAUCAUUAUUAUUAUAUUCUAAUGUUUUCUCACUAUUUAAAAUGAGAAACACAUCGACACAUACACACCCAAAUCAAUACACAAACAAAUACACGAUUACCAUGAACGAGAUUGCUAGAGAGAUGAAGCUUCGUAAAUUUGUGCAAGGACAGUUUAAACAAAAAUGGGACAUCCAAACCUAUGUUCAGCAAAGCGAAUAGUAUGUACUUUUCCUUCCCGUCGCACCGUUCAUAAGAAAGAUUAACGGAGACAUCGAGUGAAUACACAGUGUGGAGGAUUGAGUAGAGGAGUAAAUGAGAACAAGGAGCGAAAUGGGGCAGUGAAACGAUAAAUUAUAAGGAAAACAUAAUAAGUAUAAUGCAACACAUAACGCAUUAGCACACAGACAAACACUGAACACAACAUGCAUCUCGGUUUCUCGAUAUGAUUUGCUGAAUCCUCUCCCCCACAAUACUGCAGCGGUUAGAAUGUACUGGUUUCGUUUUUUCGGUCUACGAGAAUGUUAAGCCAAGUGUUUAAAGUAAAACUCAUCCAGUGAAUGUAAGUAAAACGAACAAACUGUAACGGCGGGAAAAUAGAGGAGGAAAAAUAACGCAACCGACCGACAACAAACUGUAGCCGAUAAGCACCACGCGAUAACACACAUUAACAAACGUAGGGUAAGAAUGGACAGAAGAGGUGGUAAAUGUAGGGAAAACAUAAAACUAGAAAUGUAAAAUGGAAAACAUACAAACCACAGUUAAAGUAGAUGCCGCCGAGAAGCGAGACAAAACACAAAAAACAAAAAGAUAAAAUAAACACGAGGCAGAGAUACAGAUACACACAGUGAACACACUCAGAUUUAGGGAUAAAGAAAUCAACAUGAUGUAACAAGAAAAGAAGAACAGAGACAGAGAGAGCGAGAGAGAGAGAGAGAGAGAGAGAGAGAGAGAGAGAGAGAGAGAGAGACAACAAAUGAGGUUGCAAGAUAAGCACGAAG